CACACCGCCAUGCGAAACAACGUCGAUGGUUAAACGUCACUAUUUGAGGUUACGUCGUGUUCUCAAUUCGCAGCGCUAUGAGUGUACCACGUACCCAUGAGUCAGGGAAGAAUAUUAACUGACUAAUAAAAUCAGCGUCACUUGACAGCCACAGAAUUUCAGAAUGGUACUAAUAACCUUCCAAUAACCUGUUGUGCUCUGUAUUACAUGAAGUACGCAAAGCAUAAUGAAGUUUAUGCCAGAAUUGUUUACACAAUCUUCAGCUCGGCUUGGCACACUGUCAGAAUUAGAGAGAACACCUGAUGUGGUAUUGGAAACACCACUAUUAAUGCUUUACACAAAGCGUGGUAGCGUUCCGCAUAUUACCAAAGAGGUACUAGAAAUGAUUACGCCAGAAAAACUGUUACUAACAAUGUCACUGCCUACCACAUUCGACAUGACCGAUCCAGUCCGACAAUUUAAAUCAAUUGCAGAUUUUGUGGGAUUGAAGGAAUAUCCUGUAUUUCUUACAAUGGAAGAUCCGGCACAACCCACUGUUUCUGGCUACAAUGACGAAGACACUAUUGCAGUGUGGACCAGACAUGGAAAGCAGAUAAUUAACGCAGAUGGUUAUAUGGAUAUAGUCGAGGCAUUUAGGCCAGACUUUUAUCUGGCACUAUACGACAGCGAUACCCACUCUGGUAGCAGUUCCAAGAGAAUCACAAAAUCUGUAGACCGCAGUAUAAAAAUGCUUGAUAAGUGUUUAACCAGGCAUAAGGCGUCUGAAGUCGUAAGAAAUAAAGGCAUUUUUGGCGCCGUUGGCGGUGGAUACAACACAACGGCUAGAGAAAUGAGCAUAAAACAUUUAGAAGGCAAAGAUUUGGCUGGAUAUGUUAUUGACGGGUUACACAAUAACGGACCAGAAACUGAAAAGAUCCCUUUCCAGUUUGUGGAAGAUAUCGUCAAACACACGAUUAGCUUAUUACCACAGGACAAAAUGCGUGUCACGAUGGGUGCCUGGAACCCCGUAACUGUAAUAAAUCUCAUCAAACUAGGAGUGGAUUUAUUCGAUUCUUCUUAUCCCUAUCUCAUCACCGAACGAUCAUGUGCACUCACAUUUUUAUACCAUCAUUCUGAAACCGGCGAAUCGCCUAUGAUAUCGAUAUCAGAAAAACGGUAUGCGGAUGAUUUCACACCUAUUUGCAAAGAUUGCAAGUGUUUGACAUGUUUGAAUCAUACGAGAGCGUAUCUGCAUCACUUGUAUCAGACCAAAGAACUCUUGGGCGCAGUUCUCUUAAUGAUACAUAACAUACACCAUUACCUAGAAUAUUUCAAGGAGAUACGAAACAGUUUACGGAACGGCACUUUUCGGGAACUAGAAACCAAAAUUUAUGUGAUAUUUGCUAAAAAUGAUUCAGCAAACUAAAAUUUGUGUAUAGUAUCAAUAAAACCAUUUUUUCUAA